AUGGAGCUAUCAGUAGUAGAAAAAGAUAUUAGCAGAAAAAUUGCUGUAGAGCAAAACAUCAUCCAGGGUGCCACCAACAUGAAGAAAAAAACCAAUAAUGUCAUGGUCAUUCAAAAAUGUAACACCAAUAUAAGAGAAGCUAGACAAAACAUCGAUUAUCUACAAGAAACACUGAGCAAGCUACGUUUAGAGAGUAGCAAGACGAAAAACGAUGAAGAGAUUAGUAAAGAGGAGGAAUCAGCAUUGCAAAGAAAGAAAGACGUCGCCGAGAAGGGCUAUGGGUACUUGUCAACCAUCUCUCCUAACGAGCACGUUUUUUCAAGGCUGGAUUUGGUAAAGUAUGAUUGUCCGUCUUUGUCUCAACGUAUACAGUAUAUGUUGCAACAAUUAGCAUUGAAACUCCAGGUGGAAAAACAAUAUCAAGAAGCAAACAACAAGUUGACGAAGCUAUACCAAAUUGAUGGAGACCAAAGGAGUAGUUCAGCGGCUGAAGGUGGUGCUUUUGAGUCGAAACAACGUAUUCUAUUGCUAAAGAAGGCCUUAAAGAAGUAUAAGGCGAUCAAUGUCGAUUUGGAUCAGUACAAGCACCAUGACAGCGAGGAGAUGGAUAUAAGCCAGCCAAAGUUUAGAAGGAAACAGCUAACCGGUGUUCUGACUAUCGGUCUGACUGCAAUUCGAGAUGUAGAUCACAUUCAGUCUCCCAUGUUUGCCAGAACACCUGAAAGUUACAUUACUAUAAAGAUUGAUGACACAGUGAAGGCAAGAUCUAAGCCGUCGAGAAAUGACAGAUGGAGUGAAGAAUUUCAGAUCACCGUGGGGAAAGGCAAUGAAGUCGAAAUUACUGUCUAUGAUAAAGUAAACGAAAUGAUGACACCUGUUGCAGUUAUGUGGCUCUUGUUAUCAGAUAUUGCAGAAGCCAUCCGUAAGAAGAAGGCUAAUCAGACGAACGAGCAGCAAGGUUGGGUAAGCGCCCAAGAUGUCAGUGGCAGUCGUGUACCUGGGAGAGAGGUUGGCACUGCGGACACUUCGUCCAAUGCACUGAAAGCUAUGUCAACCGGAAGCACCUUAACCGAGCACUCAGCUUCUGAAACGGCCUACAAUUCUCCUGAUCGAGUGACAACAAAUCAAUGGUUUAUUUUAGAACCUGCAGGUCAAAUUCUCCUAACACUAGGAUUCCAUAAGACAUCCCAACAACCAAGAAAAAAUUUAAUGGGUGGUUUGCAUCGUCACGGUGCAAUCAUUGACAGAAAUGAGGAAGUCUUUGAGCAACAUGGGCAUCAUUUUGUUCAAAAAUCCUUUUAUAAUAUUAUGUGCUGUGCCUACUGUGGAGAAUUUCUGCGAUACACCGGUUUCCAAUGUCAGGACUGUAAGUUCCUAUGCCACAAGAAGUGCUACACGAAUAUUGUUACUAAAUGUAUUGCAAAAACAUCGCAUGAUGAAGACUCGGACGAGGCUAAAUUGAACCAUCGCAUUCCACAUAGGUUUUUACCUGCUGCUAAUCGUGGUACAAAGUGGUGUUGUCACUGUGGCUAUAUCCUGCCUUGGGGGAAAACAAAGGUUCGUAAAUGUUCUGAGUGUGGUGUGAUGUGUCACGCUCAAUGUGCCCAUUUGGUACCAGAUUUCUGUGGCAUGUCGAUGGAAAUGGCGAAUAAAAUCUUGAAGACGAUCCAAGACACUCAACGUAAUCAGGAGAAGAGAAGAAGAGUCCCCCCCUCUGUUAAUGCAUCAUCAUCCAUCACUGCAGUUUCUCAUCCAAAGAUGGCUGACAAAAAUGAAGGCAAGAGGAUUUCUCUUAUUUCUCAGCAAAGUGCUACAAAAUCUGAAGAAUAUCAUGAAGAUAUGGUUAAUCAGAGGCAGAGUACAUAUUCGGUAAAGAAUGAUACACCGAACAAUCUGCACGAUGAGACCAGUGAUAGAGUUAAUAAUUAUGUUGAGCGGAAUGACCCAUAUUUGAACUUCACAAGCAAUGUGGCAAAAGAAAAGGAGUCACCUGUAAGAAGUAACACAACUAGGACACUAGAUCCAAUGGCAAGAAUUGACUCAGGCGUAGAUGUUCCUCAGGCAAACUACGAUAACUUGGAACGAUUCAAUGUUCAAAACGACAGGGAUUUUGGGUAUCAGGGAGAAGAUGACAUUUGGGAAGAAAAGCGCAUUAGAAUGGAAAAAGAAAUUGAAGUGCAACGAGAACAAGAUUAUAAAGACUAUACAAGGGAAUUUGAUGGGCCAGUUGCUAUACAGCCAACGGAAAGGUAUGUGCAACAGGAUGCUGACUAUAUGGAAGAUGAACAUGAACAUACGGUUGAUACCACUGCAUCCAACCCAUUCCGCGAAAUGAAUAACGAAACAUUCCAAAUGGAGCAGCAACAAAUUGCAAAAAACUUUGUCACCUCCGAAAAAAAUGCUGGAGAAAACUUGCCAGAUAUAGCUGCGCCAUUACUUGAACAUUCGUCUCCCCAAAAGUCAUAUAGUUCGCCAAAGCAUAAAAAGAGACAGAGCAAACGCCGGAAAGUUUCUUUGGACAAUUUUAUCUUACUGAAGGUUUUGGGUAAGGGUAAUUUUGGUAAAGUUAUUUUAUCGAAGUCGAAGAACACCGGUAGUUUGUGUGCCAUUAAGGUGUUGAAGAAGGAUAAUAUUAUCCAGAAUCACGAUAUAGAAAGUGCACGUGCAGAGAAAAAGGUGUUUUUGCUGGCAACGGAGACGAGGCAUCCAUUUUUGACGAACCUAUUCUGUUCGUUUCAAACAGAAAAUCGUAUUUAUUUCGCGAUGGAAUUUAUUGGAGGCGGUGACUUGAUGUGGCAUGUGCAGAAUCAGAGGCUGUCUGUAAGGAGAGCAAAAUUCUACGCUGCAGAGGUUUUACUAGCUCUUAAAUUCUUCCAUAGCAACGGUGUCAUUUAUCGUGAUUUGAAACUGGAAAAUAUUUUAUUGACCUCUGAAGGACAUAUCAAGAUUGCAGAUUACGGUUUGUGCAAGGAUGAAAUGUGGUACGGUAACAAAACAUCUACUUUUUGCGGUACACCUGAAUUCAUGGCACCUGAAAUUUUGAAAGACCAAGAGUACAGCAGAGCUGUUGAUUGGUGGGCGUUUGGUGUUCUGUUAUAUCAAAUGUUGCUAUGUCAAUCACCAUUUUCAGGUGAUGAUGAGGAUGAGGUAUUUAACGCUAUUCUCACGGAUGAACCGUUAUAUCCAAUCGACAUGGCAGGUGACAUUGUUCAAAUUUUCCAAGGAUUGUUAGCUAAAGAUCCGGAACAUCGUUUAGGUGCUGGUCCUCGUGAUGCCUUAGAAGUUAUGGAAGAACCAUUUUUCCGCAACAUCAACUUUGAUGAUAUUCUACAGUUGAAAGUUAAACCACCUUACAUUCCAGAGAUCAAAUCUGCAGAGGACACGUCUUAUUUUGAACAAGAAUUUACAUCAGCACCACCUACAUUAACCCCAAUACCGUCUGUUCUAACAACAACACAACAAGAAGAAUUUCGUGGGUUUUCUUUCAUGCCGGAAGAGCUUGAACUGUAG